GCCAUUUAAGGUUUGUCCGUUCAGAGGGAAUGACGUUUGCAGUGUCUGCCAUGCAAAAGAGACUCAGCUGAGUGAAGGUACUUGAGAGAGACGGCGGCGAUAGGAAAACACGCUUCCUGUCUACUGCAUCAGCCAAAUCUGGGAUCUGCUGGCCUUCUCUCACCAGAUGUAGAGGGGACUUGUCAUCUGCAGCCGUGUAAACAACGUUUGUGCUGUCCAGUGAAGAUACCCCACCAUGCGCGAAUACAAGCUUGUGGUGUUAGGCUCAGGAGGUGUGGGCAAAUCUGCACUGACAGUCCAAUUUGUACAAGGUAUUUUUGUGGAAAAAUAUGACCCCACAAUAGAAGACUCUUACAGAAAGCAAGUUGAGGUGGAUGGGCAGCAGUGUAUGCUUGAAAUCCUUGACACAGCCGGAACAGAGCAGUUCACAGCCAUGAGGGACUUGUACAUGAAGAACGGCCAGGGCUUUGCCCUUGUAUACUCAAUCACGGCACAGUCAACAUUUAAUGACCUACAGGACCUCCGGGAACAGAUCUUGCGAGUAAAGGACACUGAGGAUGUCCCCAUGAUUCUGGUGGGCAACAAGUGUGACCUGGAGGAUGAGCGCGUGGUCGGCAAGGAGCAGGGCCAGAAUCUGGCCCGACAGUGGAGCAACUGUGCCUUUUUAGAGUCUUCAGCUAAAUCAAAGAUCAACGUUAAUGAGAUUUUCUAUGACCUGGUCCGACAGAUCAACAGGAAAACACCGAUGGAAAAGAAGAAGGCAAAAAAGAAGUCAAACUGCACACUUCUCUAAACCAUCAUACUCUGCAGCUCUGAGCCAGGAAGCUGUAAUUAAAUAAACGUUUGCCCAGUUGGAACGUGCCAGCAUUCCAAGUCCCCCCUAAAAAUGUUCAGAACAUCUCAACAAUGGCAGAAAUGGAACAAUCCACUUCACCACUCAGAGGGACGGACGGGAAGUCUUCCCAGAAAGUUGUCUUUGCUUUUUGAUGGUUAAAAGAUCUAAACCUUAAUCUCUGUUUAUUCAUUUUGUCAGCCAGCCAUGUAAUGAUGAAUUUUCCAGUUUUCAAACUUUUGGAUAUGGCUAUUAAAAGUUUAAAAAAAUUGACAGUUGUGAUAACCUUUUUGGGAAAUAAGUUGCUUUCUUGCAAAUAUCAAUAAUGGUUGCCCCAUUUCAAAUGACAAUGUCUUUUCAACAGUCAUGUGAAAUGUUGGUGUCUUUCAUACCGUUCUGCACUAAUUUUGUCAACAUAAAUGCAUAAAUGUUUUAUCGCUCCUACUACUUACAAUGACUUUUAUUCAUCAAAUAACAUCUUUCCUAAGUGACUUUGUUUUAUAUGGAGAGCUGCAAGGCUAUCAUAUUUCCCAUAAUAUAUUCUAAUUCAAUUUUUUGCAUAAUGAAGCAAUGGAAAUUAGUAUUUUAUAGAAAGGGGAAAUGACGAACUUGAUUUCUGUGUCUUGAGGCUGAAAAUAUAUUGUACUAAACCAACCCUAAUAUUGCUUUUUGUGUUACUGUCACAAAUGAUUUUCCAGCUUUUAUGAAUGAUUAAAUUUUAGUACAUUUUCAUUAA